UUCUUCGCUUCCUUCCAAGUUCUACCCUUCUGUUUCUUCUCUUCUCUCUCCUUGACCUCAACACCAUCUCCUCAUUCUCUCUCUUAAUUCCAUUUCUCCCCUGAAAAAAAUCUCUCCUUUACCUCCCUUCAACCGUCUACUAUUGACCCACCAAAGGAGGAUCACAAAGUUGUUAUCUUUCUUCCUCGGAUUUCAGAAGCUGAGUCAUGGGUUAUUAGUUUGGUAUUUAUUGAAGGAACAGGAAGCAAAACAGGUUUCUUUUUUUUGUUUCGAUUUUGAGAGGGGGAAUCUUUUUGGGUUUCUGAUGGGCAAUUGCUUACAUUCUUCUUCUGCUAGAGUAGACACCAGCCAGAGCUCCCAUGUUAUUUCUGGGGCCUCAAGAAUUUCCAGCAAAACUAGCCACACCAGCCGUUCUUCAGUUCCUUCAAGCCUGACAAUCCCAUACAGCGAGAAAAGCAAUUAUGAGUCUCUUGCUGCACCUAGAUCCGAAGGAGAAAUAUUGUCGUCCCCAAAUUUAAAAGCCUUCUCAUUCAAUGAGUUAAAGAGUGCCACCAGAAACUUUCGUCCUGACAGUCUUCUUGGGGAAGGUGGAUUUGGCUUUGUUUUCAAAGGAUGGAUUGAUGAAAACACUUUUGCAGCUGCAAAGCCUGGAUCAGGAUUGGUUGUUGCAGUCAAGAAGCUUAAACCUGAAGGUUUUCAGGGCCACAAGGAGUGGUUGACAGAAGUUAAUUACCUUGGCCAACUUCAUCAUCCAAAUCUUGUCAAGCUGAUUGGAUAUUGCUUGGAGGGUGAGAACCGACUUUUGGUCUAUGAGUUCAUGCCGAAAGGGAGUUUAGAGAAUCAUCUAUUUAGAAUUCCUGAGAAAUUGAUCCUUGCAUUUUGAGUUGCAGAUAAUAAACUAUAUAACAGAAAUUUGAAAGUUUGUUUCCAAGGAAAAUGAGGAAAUUUUGUUUGACCAGCUUGACUUAUUUAUUUCUCCACUUCUAAAAAUGCCUUGUAAAUCAAGUUCCUCAUAUUUUUCUUCUCAGCUUUGUAGGGCAGUGUUGAAAAGUGUUAGGGUACAUGGUACUGACUUGUCUCGUGAUUUACUGUGGACAUAUCUGUUUGUUCUCUUUAUACCUAAUAUCCACAUCUUUGUUAUUACUGAUAAUAGUUCUUUGUAGUUCUUGUGCAAUACUGUGAUGCAUUGAAGAGAUUGUAAUCAUUCCCUCACAAAUUGCAGUUCUGAAUUAACAGAGCAGCUUGUUCUCAUCUGUAGUGUUGGGUUGGCAAUGUUUUCUUUGUGCAGAUAAAGUAGGUCUUUGUAUAUAUGUCAUUAGAGUCUGGCCUUGCUUUGAGGCUAUUGUUGGGAUUGGCUUUUACCUUUUAGGCAUUUGUAUUUUCCUUGAAAUAUUUGUGCUACAGAAAUUUAUUUUCCUUGCCUGGUAAGAGUGUCGAAUUAGUUAGGACUUUAUUCUUGUGUUUCUCAAUGUUUACAUGAGAUCUGAGGACGAGUAUCUUCCCAGAUGAAUGAGUAUGCUAACAAAAAAUGGAGAUAUUCUUUUUGGAGAACUCCCUCGUGGUAGAUUUUGUUAGAUUUCUAGCAUGAAGCAUAAAUGAAGUACUGGAGAAAUCACUUGACUAUAGCUGUUAUGACAGACUCUGAAUGACAUUGCAGAUCCUGGAACUUACUAGAUAAUAAAUUUCAUUGAUUCUUUCUGAUUCCUUUACCCUUUUUCAACUUGAUUGUUUUCUUUCAAAUGCAUUUUUAUCUUCACUAGAGGUUUUUAUGACAUAUAAAUAUUCCAAACUAAU